GCAAAAUGUUUACGUUCAGUCGUGUAGUUUCACUGUGUGAAAGAGGGAAUGACGUGAGCUAAAAUCAAUAGUGCAAAUCAUACAAAACGUGUAUCUUAAUCACUGAUUUCGCAGAUUUAUGUUGCAAUUUUUGAUAUUUUCGGCGAUAUGUCUGCUGGUUCAAGGACAAAAACCAGCUCCCAUGGAUUGGUGGCAGACGUCAGUGAUCUAUCAAAUCUACCCGAGGUCCUUCAAAGACAGUGACGGAGAUGGUGUCGGCGAUUUAAGAGGUAUAGCAGAAAAAGUUCCAUACCUCAAAAAGCUCGGAGUCGGUGCGGUAUGGCUUUCGCCGAUAUUCCAGUCGCCGAUGGCCGAUUUUGGUUACGACAUAUCAAACUUCACCAAUAUUGAACCUAUCUUCGGUUCAAUGACUGAUUUUGAAAAACUCAAGGAUGCUUUGCACGCUCAAGAUAUAAAACUUAUUCUCGAUUUUGUGCCAAAUCAUUCGAGCGAUGAGCACGAGUGGUUCGUAAAAUCCGUCCAAAAGAUCGACCCAUACACAGAUUAUUACGUCUGGCACGAUGGCAAAAUGGUGAAUGGAACUAGACAACCACCCAACAACUGGAUCUCCGGAUUCAGCUACUCAGCUUGGGAAUGGCACCCUGAGAGACAGCAGUACUACCUUCAUCAGUUCCACAAGAAACAGCCUGAUCUCAACUACCGCAGCCCAUACCUUGUUGAAGAGAUGAAGAAUAUAUUGCGGUUUUGGCUGGAUAGAGGUGUGGACGGUUUUCGAAUGGAUAUCGUACUAGCGUUGUUCGAGGACGAGAGAUUCUUAGACGAGCCACCGGUAGAUGGCACCACUUUGGAACCAUGGAACCACGACUAUCACCAACACAUCUACAUUGCCGAUCAACCUGAGACUUACGACAUGAUUAAACAGUGGAGAAAAGUCCUCGACGAAUACACGAAGAAAGACGGACACCCUAGGGUUAUGAUGACUGAAGCAUAUUCACCAAUCGACAAAACAAUGGGCUACUACGGAAACACAACACACCCUGGAGCUCAUUUCACUUUCAACUUCCUUUUCAUUACGGACCUGAACGCUCAAUCUACUGCCAAUGAUUUUGAAAAAGUUAUCAUGAAAUGGUACGACAAUUUACCCGCUGGAAAAUGGCCUAAUUGGGUGAUGGGUAACCAUGAUCAAAGGAGAGUUGCAUCACGGUUUGGUAUCGAGUUACUUGAUGGUCUACACAUGAUUCAGAUGGUCUUGCCAGGUACUUCAGUGACGUAUAACGGAGACGAAAUUGGGAUGGAGGAUACGUUUAUCCGAUGGGAUCAAACCGUUGACCCACAAGGAAUGAGCGUUGGGAAAGAUAACUACCUCAGAUUCACAAGAGAUCCUCAGCGAACACCAUUCCAGUGGGAUCACACGACUAGCGCAGGUUUUUCAACGAAUCCAAAAACCUGGUUGCCCGUAAAUCCGAAUUACUGGCGUUUGAACUACAGGAAUGUCAAGAGAGAAAUUCGCAGUCACUUCAGGGUCUACCAACAACUCGUAGCGCUCAAAGAGGCAGCAACAAUCCAGCAUGGAGAUCUGAAUGUAUUCGCUCUGUCUAAAUACGUUCUAGCUUUCACUAGGAGCUAUGAAAAGAACCCUACCUACGUUGUUGUGGUCAACAUUGGCAGUGAGAUCGAAACGACUGAAGGUCUUCAGAAAAAAGGAUCACUGCCGAAAUAUUUGACGGUCUAUUCAGCGAGCAUAAACUCAGGAUACACACAAGGGCGUAAAUUACUCGCAGACAAAAUUAAGCUGCGUCCUAAGGCUGGACUCGUGCUUUUUACCGCCGGAAACGAGGGAGUCUUGGACAGUCUAAUGACGCUCAGUGAAGAAGAUGAUGAUAAAGAACUCGACGAAAUGGCAUCCAGCUUUUCUUAUUGAAG